CGGUCAACAGACGGUGCUGUGCACCGUCAGUAUCUUCCAUCGCGCCUACAGCGGAGACGUCCGACAGCGGAGCGCGAUUUUUCGCGAGCGUGGACGUACGUGUUUCGGGUGUUUGUUUCGCGUUUUUACUCGGCAAGCAUUUUCUGCGAGCCUGUAUAUAUGUCCGAUAUGCGUGCGUCAAGCCUCGUCGAAGGAUGAGACCGUCGGCCAGUCCGUUGCCGUUUUCGUCGUUCGACGAAUAAUUUAACGUGCAGACUGAAGAGGAGACCCGAUCGUGAGCGGUGCACAGCCGCGAGUUAAAAUGAGCAGGUUAACUCGAAAGAGACGCUCUUAACAUUAACCGGAAAACGGCGCAUCUAAGCUGACUUCGCCGGAAGUUGGUGGAACGUCGCGGAGAUGACGAAGAAGUUUGAGUUCAAUUGGCAGAUCGAGGUGCCGGAAGCGCUCCGUACGGGCUGCGUCUUCGAUCGUUGGACAGAGGAGAAGGAUAACACUGAAAUCGAGCUAAAUUGCCUGUUCAAGGUCGACGAGUAUGGUUUCUUCAUUUACUGGCAGAGCGAGGGGAAGGACGGCGAUGUCUUGGAAUUGUGUCAAGUAAGCGACAUUCGAGCCGGUGGCGUUCCCAGGGAUUUGAAAUUGCUGGACAAGUUACUCAGCAAACACGGCGAGCAGUUGGACGAGAAAAGUUUGACUAUCUGUUCCGGUGUUGAUUAUACCAAUAUCAAUUAUCAGCAUGUCGUAUGUCCGGAUCCUGCCACAGCCAAGGUAUGGUUGGACGGUGUUCGAUCGAUCACGCACAAUGUCAAAGCGAAUAACGUUUGCCCACUUACAUGUCUGAAGAAACAUUGGAUGCGGCUUAGGAUGCUUGUGGAUCCCAAUGGAAAAGUUCCGGUGAAAGUGGUCGCGAGAACUUUUGCGUCCGGAAAAACGGAAAAGCUCGUUUAUCAGUGUCUCUCUGAGUUAGGUCUACCUAGCGGAAAGAAUGACGUAAUAGAACCUGACGACUUCACCUUCGACGCGUUUUACGCGCUUUAUCACAAAAUAUGUCCGAGAAACGAUAUAGAAGAAUUAUUUCAAUCAAUAACGCAGAGUAAGGCCGAUACGAUUAAUCUGGAGCAACUGAUUACCUUCCUGAACGAGAAGCAAAGAGAUCCGACCUUGAACGAAAUUCUCUAUCCAUUCUAUGACGAGAAACGGACAAUGGAGAUUAUCAAUGAUUACGAGCAGAACGAAAUUGCGCGCAAAAACAAAACGAUGACGAAGGACGGCUUCAUAAGGUACCUGAUGUCCGAUGAGAACGCGCCAGUUUUCCUCGACAGACUAGAUGUUUAUAUGGACAUGGACCAACCGCUGGCGCACUAUUACAUUAAUUCAAGUCACAACACAUACCUAAGUGGACGGCAAUUCGGCGGGAGGAGUAGCGUCGAGAUGUACAGACAGGUUCUACUUGCUGGAUGCAGGUGCGUUGAAUUGGAUUGUUGGGAUGGUAAAGGGGAGGAUGAGGAGCCAAUAAUUACUCACGGCAAAGCCAUGUGCACCGACAUCUUGUUCAAGGACGUUAUAUACGCGGUUAGAGACACGGCCUUCGUUACAUCAGAAUAUCCAGUGAUCCUCAGCUUUGAAAACCACUGUAGCAAGAAGCAGCAAUACAAGCUGGCCAAAUAUUGUGAUGAAAUUCUGGGUGAUUUAUUAUUGAAGGAUCCAUUAAAAGAAUAUCCCCUGGAUCCAGGAGUACCUUUACCACCGCCUAGCAUGCUCAAACGCAAGAUUCUCAUUAAGAACAAGCGCCUAAAGCCCGAGGUUGAGAAGGCGGAAUUGGAGCUAUUCAAGCAAGGCCAAUUCGUAAUUGAGGACGAGGUCAAGGAAGAUGCCAGCGCGCCGCCGUCUAUCGCUGCUGUCGUUGAGCAGCAACCGGUAACCUUAAAGGAGGAGAUCCCCGAAUCGGUAACGUUGUCGGCCAUUCAACAGCAGCAAUCUGGCAGUGGUCCAAGUCUCGGUGAAAGCAUAGAGCUAGUCGCUGUCGUCCAACCUUAUACCGGAAGCACGACAAACGUUCACCCGUGGCUGUCCUCAAUGGUCAACUACGCCCAGCCCAUAAAGUUUCCUGGCUUCGAUGUUGCCGAGCAAAUCCAUCAUCUCACAGAGAAGAAUAUUCAUUUCAAUAUGUCUUCCUUCGCGGAAAACACCGGCAUGAGUCUCUUGAAAUCUUCGGCGAUGGAUUUCGUAAAUUACAACAAACGUCAGAUGAGCCGAAUUUAUCCAAGAGGCACGCGGGCCGAUUCUUCCAAUUAUAUACCACAGCCGUUUUGGAACGCUGGCUGCCAAAUGGUGUCGUUGAACUUUCAAACCGCGGAUCUGUCUAUGCAACUGAAUCAAGGAAAAUUCGAGUACAACGGCUCCUCGGGUUAUUUGCUAAAGCCGGAUUUUAUGAGACGCGCCGACAGAAGCUUCGAUCCCGGCUCCGAGAGCCCCGUGGACGGAGUAAUUGCCACGCAAUGCAGUGUUCAAGUAAUAGCUGGACAGUUUUUGUCCGACAAGAAAGUGGGAACGUACGUAGAGGUUGAAAUGUACGGCCUACCGACCGACACAAUACGCAAGGAAUUCCGUACCAAGGUAGUUCCAGCCAACGGACUGAAUCCUGUUUAUAACGAAGAGCCGUUUCUAUUUAGAAAGGUCGUUCUACCAGAUUUGGCUGCUUUAAGAUUCGCGGUAUACGACGAGUCAAACAACAAACUGCUAGGACAGAGAAUCGUUCCUUUGGACGGCUUGCAGGCCGGUUAUCGGCACAUCGCGUUACGAACCGAAGCCAACUUUCCUAUGUCUCUGCCUAUGUUAUUUUGUAAUAUCGACAUUAAGAUUUAUGUGCCAGAUGGAUUUGAAGAACUAAUGGACGCUUUAGCGGCGCCGCGAACAUUCAACAAAACGUUGGAAAGCUCGUCGCAAAACAAAAUGCGAGGUUUAGGAAUUGAAGAGAGCGACAGCAAAAACAAUCUGGACAACAAAAACAACAUGGCAUCUCAUCACCACGAAGUGGCGAAACCAAGAGAGGAAAUGAAUUUCGAUCCAAUUACUCUGGAUACACUGAGACAAGAAAAGGGUUACCAAAAAGUAUUACGAAAACAGCAAAAAGAACUGGAAUCUCUGAAAAAGAGGCAUCAGAAGGAGAAAGUGACUGUUCAGAAACAGCAUUGCGUUGCUAUAGAGAAGAUUUUUAAAGGAAAAAAUAAAGCGGAACUUUCAAGAGACCCUAUUGUUCGUCGCGCCGUUUCCGAUCAGACCGCUCAGUGGUCGCGCCUUGCAGACAAGCAACGCCGGGAGGAACGCGAACUGGUUCGUAAACAUCUGGAAGAGAGACAGACGCAGUUGUGUAAAUUAUGUACGACCGCGCAAUUGGCGCAGCAGAAACAGCUGACCGCAAGGCAUGAACGUGAAAUGAAAGACAUGAUCGCGCGGCAAACAAGAUUGUCGAUGGAAAGCGCGCGGGAGGUGAUGAACGACAAGACGUUGAAGACGCGAGGAAUCAAAGAGGGUAAGCUCAGGGAGAAGCAGCAGAACAACACGAAGAAGUUUGUGGAGGAGCGCAAACACGCACAGAUGAUUCAGAACAGAGAGAGAGAAAAACUAAAAGUGAUCCAUGAGAAGCAACUAGAAGAUUUGCAGAAAGACACGAACGCGAUCAUGGAUAUGUACAAGAACGAAGACUGCGAACUGACCAAGAUGUUGGCUGAGUUCUAUGUGUGAUGAGUGCCGGUCACGAUUUUUCAUCAUAGUGAAAGAAUGCGCUACGAAUUGGAACUAUUUUAAGAAGCAAUUUACUAUCACACGUUAAAUAUAUUUGAAAUUGGGAUCAAACGUUCGUUAGCUAUACGUUCUCAUAUACGACGACAAGUGUCGCGCGUUAUGAGAAGCAAUAGACGAACGAGCACUUACAGUAACGUUUCUAAUUCAUUCAACUAAAUAUUUUUUUAUAAACGAACAUCUCGUUUUCAUAGUUUUUGAGUACCUAGACAAACAAAAAAAAAAAAAAAAGGGAGUCAAUAAAGCUAAAAAAGUAAUCUAGUCAAGUAUUAAGUGUAUACUUAUAUA